CGUGCUGAGAAAGGAGAGAGAGAGCCGAGAAGGAUCUGAUCGUGGUGAGGGUUUCUGUUCUCUUGCCACCCACCUUCUCUUCUCCUCGAGGCUCUCGCCAUCGCGUCUGCCAGUGCGUGUGGACUCCCGACCCCAUCGAGAUUUGUUGGUCGGGGUGGAGAAUGGAGACCCUCCCAACGGCGGCGGAUAAGCAGCAGCUCGUGUCGUCCUUCCUCGAGAUCGCGCUCGGCCAGACCCCUGAGACCGCCACGCAGUUCCUUCAGGCAACGGGUUGGAAGCUUGAGGAGGCUCUCCAACUCUUUUACGUCGGCAAUGAGGGUGGUGGGCUGGCGACGUCUUCCUUUCCGCCGCCUCCCACCGGAAGUCCUAGCGAGCAGGAGAAUGUUAUGUCAAGCGGAAGUUUAGUGCAAGGUGCCCUCGAGGAUGAAGUGCGUCCACCAUUACCUGUCAAAAGAGAGACACUUUACGGGGAUACACCUUUAUUUAGGCAUCAAUCAAGUGCAAUGGUUGCGUUCCGCAAUUUUGAUGAGGAGUCAAAACGAUCUGCUGUUUGGGAAUCAAAUGAAAGUUCUGCAUCAACAGCCAAUGGUUCCCGUGAUAACCUUGCUUCUUUAUAUAGUCCACCUUUUGCUUUGAUGUACCAAGGAUCUUUCGACCAGGCAAAGAUCGAGGCUUCCCUUCAGGGUAAGUGGUUAUUAAUCAAUUUGCAGUCCAAUGAAGAAUUCAGCUCACACAUGCUCAACCGUGAUACAUGGUCCAAUGAAGCUGUGGCACAAACAAUUCGGACCAAUUUCAUCUUCUGGCAGGUGUACUAUGAUACUAGUGAGGGGAAGAAGGUCUGCACCUACUACAACUUGAUUACUCUUCCUGCUGUUCUUGUCAUCGAUCCCAUUACUGGACAAAAAAUGCGUGCAUGGAGUGGUAUGGUACAUCCAGAGCGUUUGCUGGAGGAUUUGCUUCCAUUUCUAGACAAAGGUCCCAAGGAGCAUCAUACUUUUCUUCCUCAGAAACGUCCAAGAGUUGCCCAUGAUUCUGCUCCUAAUAACAUACUAGACAAAGAAGCCGUGGAGGAGGAUGUAGAGGUUCUGCAGGCGAUAGCAGCCUCCAUGGAGGAUGCUAAAAGCCCUCCUAGGCCACCUGUAACUGAUGAUGAUCCUAAACCUGAGAAAGAUGGUGAAACCAGCUCAAACGGAAACCUGACUUAUCCACCUCUUCCUGAAGAACCAAAAGGAAGCAAAGAACUUUGCAGAGUCGGGAUUCGUCUCCCAGAUGGCUGUAGAAUCCAGAGAAAAUUUCUUCGAACUGAUCCAAUAAAGCUUUUAUGGUCUUUCUGCUCCUCUAAGUUAGAGGAUGGACAAAGACGACCUUUCCACUUUACGCAAGCCAUUCCUGGUGCAUCAAAGAGUCUCGAAUACGAGAGUAACUCAAACUUUGAAGAAGCAGGUUUAUCAAAUUCAAUGAUCACCUUGGUUUGGGAUUGAAAUCUUCAUGAAAAUAGUGGCACGGGGCUGACGGCUUGCUCAAAAUUUCAGUUUGCGGACACGAAAGGUUUCUUUUAGUUUGUCUUGUAGUUUAAAUGGUGUCUCUACACAGGCAAAAAUUAUGAAUUGCUGAUUUAUUAGUUAAUACAAAGACAGUAAUAUGUUACCUCAGGCAAAUGGACUCUGUACAGGCACAAACCAUGAAUUGCUAAUUUACCACUUAGUAUAGAAUUGACCACAGCAUUUUUGCA